GCCCCUCCCGGCGGGCUCUAGUGACCUCCGCUUCCGGCACGUCCCGCGGCCCCAGCAGGGCGCCGGGCCGGCGCCAAGAUGGCGGAGGACGGCGGCGAGGAGAAGAAGCAGGUGGCCAAGUUCGAGCUGGAGCGCGAGACGGAGCUGCGCUUCGAGGUGGAGGCCUCGCAGACGGUGCAGAUGGAGCUGCUGACCGGCAUGGCCGAGGUGUUCGGCACCGAGCUGACCCGCAACAAGAAGUUCACCUUCGACGCCGGCGCCAAGGUGGCCGUCUUCACCUGGCACGGCUGCACCGUGCAGCUCAGCGGGCGCACCGAGGUGGCCUACGUGUCCAAGGACACCCCCAUGCUGCUCUACCUCAACACGCACACGGCCCUGGAGCAGAUGCGGCGGCAGGCGGAGCGCGAGGACGAGCGGGGGCCCCGCGUCAUGGUGGUGGGCCCCACGGACGUGGGCAAGUCCACCGUGUGCCGCCUGCUGCUCAACUACGCCGUGCGCCUGGGGCGCCGGCCCACCUUCGUGGAGCUGGACGUGGGCCAGGGCUCCGUCUCCAUCCCCGGCACCAUGGGCGCGCUCUACAUCGAGCGGCCGGCGGACGUGGAGGAGGGGUUUUCCCUCCAGGCCCCGCUGGUCUACCACUUCGGCUCCACCACGCCUGGCACCAACAUCAAGCUCUACAACAAGAUCACGUCCCGGCUGGCCGACGUCUUCAACCAGCGGUGCGAGGUGAACCGCCGCGCCUCGGUGAGCGGCUGCGUCAUCAACACGUGCGGCUGGGUGAAGGGCUCGGGCUACCAGGCGCUGGUGCACGCCGCUUCCGCCUUCGAGGUGGACGUGGUGGUGGUGCUGGACCAGGAGCGGCUCUACAACGAGCUCAAGAGGGACCUGCCCCACUUCGUGCGCACCGUGCUGCUCCCCAAAUCCGGCGGGGUGGUGGAGCGCUCCAAGGACUUCCGCCGCGAGUGCAGGGACGACCGCAUCCGGGAGUACUUCUACGGCUUCCGGGGCUGCUUCUACCCGCACGCUUUCGACGUCAAGUUCUCCGACGUGAAGAUCUACAAGGUGGGGGCCCCCACCAUCCCGGACUCGUGCCUGCCCUUGGGGAUGUCGCAGGAGGACAACCAGCUGAAGCUGGUGCCGGUGACGCCGGGCAGGGACAUGGUGCACCACCUGCUGAGCGUCAGCAUGGCCGACAGCGCCGACGACAACAUCUCGGAGACCAGCGUGGCCGGCUUCAUCGUGGUCACCGGCGUCGACCUGGAGCGCCAGGUCUUCACCGUGCUCUCGCCCGCGCCUCGCCCCCUGCCCAAGAACUUCCUCCUCAUCAUGGACAUUCGCUUCAUGGACCUCAAGUAGCGCCCGCGGGCCGGUGUGGGGGCGCGCGGGGGGCCGCGUCCCACGGGGGGCUCCCGGUGGCUGGGCGUCACCCGGGGGCCGCUGCGGCGGCCGCGCGCCGUGGCACCCGUGGGGUGAGCGGUGCCCGCCUCCCGCUUUUAUACUUUUUGUAGCUUUUGUUAUUAAAUCCCUGCCUUUUGCUCUCC